AAAAACAAAAAAAAACUUUAAAAUAAUCAAGAAAAAAAUUAUUUUUGUCGCAAUUUAAUGACAAACAACAACUGUAGCAAAAACAAAAAAAAAAACACUCACCAUUAUGCAAGCAAAUAAAAGCAAAAACUAAAGCAUGCAAAUAAUGUUCAUGCAAUCAAAUAAAUAAAUAAGUAAAUUCCAAAUACAACAGUAGUAAGCGCAUUAAAAAAUAAUAAGUUCGCAAAAAAAGCAAAUUGGCUUGCUGUCACAAUUCGCACACACCCAUAUGUGUAUGUGUAUAAUUUUGCGCCUCUACGUAGUCAGCGCAGUAUUGAGGCACGCUUGUUAAAGAGGGAGAGCAAUUUUUAUGGCUUUUACUACGACAUCCUGACACCUUUUGUUGUGCGCGAGCCUACACAAGAAUUCCAACCGCCGAAUCGCAUUUCCGCGAGUGGUGCGCGAUAUUGGUGGCAAUAUCAAUACUAUACACUUCGACGGCUGCUGCAACAACAACAACAACAAUAUAAAUAUACCGAAAAUGUCCAUAUCAACAGAGCGCACAUAUCACGAUUUUAUGUCACGGUCACACAGCACAAACGCUGACAACGCGUCCGAUAGCAGCAGCAGUAAUAAUAAUAAAAACAAAAUCAGCAACUGUAAAAGUACAAUCAGCCAACCAACACAGCGACAUAACUAUCAGUAUAACAUCAACAAAUACAGCAACAACAUUCCAUAUACACCCGCCCGCUGUUGUCCUCUCACUGCUACACGUCACAGCAUAUUCGCUUUCCUGCUGCUGUCACUGCUGCUCUGCGCACAUUUGCACUCCACAGAAGCCAAAGCAAAGUCGCGUAAAAGUUCCAAUAGUCAUCAUAGUAAUGAUGAGAAAUCACCAACGGAGGGUCAACGCUUUGCAAUGGAGCCACAAGACCAAACAGCAGUGGUGGGUUCACGUGUUACGUUACCCUGUCGUGUGAUGGGCAAAAUUGGUGCAUUGCAAUGGACAAAAGAUGAUUUUGGUUUGGGGCAACAUCGUAAUUUGAGUGGCUUCGAACGUUAUUCGAUGGUGGGCAGCGAUGAGGAGGGUGAUUUCUCGUUAGAUAUUUAUCCAGUCAUGUUGGACGAUGAUGCCAAGUAUCAGUGCCAAGUGGGACCGGGACCGGCGGGUGAGGCGGGUAUACGCUCGCGUUUUGCCGAACUGACGGUGUUGGUGCCGCCGGAGGCACCGAAAAUUACACAGGGUGAAGUUAUUUACACCACGGAAGAUCGCGAAAUUGAAUUGGAAUGCGUGUCGGCGGGUGGCAAGCCGGCGGCGGAGAUAACUUGGAUUGACGGCCUCGGCAAUGUGCUCACCAAGGGCAUUGAGUAUGUGAAAGAACCACUAUCGGACUCACGUCGCAUAACAGCCAAGUCGAUUUUGAAAUUAGCACCCAAGAAAGAGCAUCACAACACCACGUUUACUUGCCAAGCGCAGAAUACAGCGGAUCGCACUUAUCGCGCAGCCAAAAUACUCAUAGAGGUCAAAUAUGCGCCGAAAGUGGUGGUAUCGGUGAUUAGCGGGGCUUUGGCUGGUGGUCGUAUAUUGGAAGGCUCUGAGGUUAUACUAUCCUGUAAAGCGGAUGCAAAUCCAGCACCGCAAAGCUAUCGUUGGUUCAUAAAUGAUGAGCUCGUCACCGGUGAUUAUACAACGAAAAUGAUCAUUCACAAUGUAACGCGUCAACAUCAUGAAGCUUUGGUGAAAUGUGAAGUUGUCAAUGCGGUUGGUAAAAGCGAAGAGACGGAAACCUUGGACAUCAGCUAUGCUCCUGUUUUCCGACAGCGUCCCAUCUCCGUUGAGGCUGAUUUGGGUACCAACGCAAAUUUGCUAUGUGACGUGGAUGGCAAUCCGACGCCUGAAAUUGAAUGGAUUAACGAAAACACAGACAAGGUCGUAGGCACCACUGCAAAUCUCAAUCUUAAAGUGAGCAGCGAGACAGCGGGUCGCUACUACUGCAAAGCGAUAGUCACAGGCUUCCCGGAGAUUGGCGCCGAGGCGACCAUUUAUGUUAAACGCGCACCAAUUAUCACCUCGCAUAAGGUGCAAUUCGGUGCGGUUGGUAGUCGCGCUAAAAUCGAUUGUGUCGCAUUUAGCGUACCCAAGGCGGAGCAGAUACUCUGGUCAUUCGAUGAUAAGGUGAUUAAUAUGAGCACUGCCGAUCCGGACAUUUACAUAUUCGAGGAACAACACCUACCGGAGGGGGUGCGUGCCGCGUUGAUUAUCAAAGAGAGUCGCUCCAGCCAUUUCGGACGGUAUAAUUGUACGGUGAAAAAUUCGUAUGGCAGCGACUCUUUGUUGAUCAACUUGAAACCGGAGCCCGGUUCCGUGCCAAUACUACUCGUUGUCAUGGGCUCGCUUUCAUCGGUAGCUAUUGUUAUUAUGAUUGUAAUGCUGGUGAUUGUUUACAUGAAACGCACCAAUAAGAAACCCAUGCCAGCGGAUGUCAUACCGGAGGCAUCACGUGGCUGCGAUAAAUUAUCCGGUUUAAAGCACGAAUUGCGUGCCAAAGCUUACGAUGUUGAUUACUCUGAGGCGGGCAGCGAUGGAUUGGCAAUCAAUCUGACGCAGACGCCAAUGCCGGAUGUGCAAAUGAAGGGCGCUACGCUAGGUGUGCCACUGGCGGGACCAGUGAAGUUGGAUGACAGAUUUUCCGGCGAGUUCAGCUACAGCCGCCAAUGUCAUAUCAAAAACUUAAAGAAUCAAGACUACAAAGAGACUGUCAACGGUUAUGCGCCCUACUUUGAAUAUGCGCUCGACUAUAGUGCACCCAAUGAGGGUGGCAAGCCCGGCGCUGGUGUUGCCGGCAGCGGCGUUCAGAAGACCCAAAGUGGCACCAUCAAUUCGGCCACGUUACCACAUUAUACAAAUCCCGUUACAACGACCGGCAAUCUGAGCUUGCCACGCAAUCGUAACGAUGCGCCGCAACAAAGUACCGCACAAAUGGGUAAUGGAUUCCUGGCCGGUCAAUCACUCCUACAGAACGGCAUCGACAGCCGCUUCAGCGCCAUCUACGGCAACCCUUACCUACGUUCGAACUCAUCACUACUACCGCCCCUACCACCGCCUAGCACGGCCAACCCCGCCGCCACACCUGCGCCACCACCUUACCAACGGCACCAUCAUCAUUCCAGCGCUGGCCAGCAUGCGAAUAUGAAUGGUGGCAUCGGCGUGACAGCACUUAAAAAUUUCAACGCUGUAACGGGCAUGGUAAACAGCAGCAGCAGCAAUGGUGGCGCCGGCAGUGUGAGCGGUAGUAGUUCGAAUUUGACUGCGAGCAGUAAUACGCUCGCGGCAAUGACACCGCUCACGCAAUGUGCACCCAUCUCGACGGCGACACCUGUUACAACAACAGCGGCGGUGUCUAUAGCGGUGGCGCAAAGUCCCUCCGGCCAAUUUAUUCUACCAUCGAACGGCAGCGCUAAGCAGGGCGCACUCGCUACGCAUGUCUAAGAGAAUCUGUGUAGGCACCUAUUUUGCACGUACACAAUAGCACCCUGUAUACAAUUUGAAGCACCUUGUACUUUAGUCGCGCACGCUAUACAAUCGCCGCCGCCAACGCCUCCGUAGCCGCAGCAGGAGGAGCAGCUGGAGGAGCAGGAGCAACAGCCAGUAUCACGCGUCCUUAUAUGUCAAUGCUACGCACACGCACAUAUGUAUGUAUGUAUAUAUAUGUAGUAUGUAUGUGCAACUAUACAUAUACGAAUAUAUAGCGAGUAUAUAUUUAUUUAAGACUACUUACGGGUCAGCUCACUGUGAGUAACUGACUCGUCCAUAUCACUAGCGUAUCUGUAGUGUAAAUUUUUUUAAAGAUUAAAAUUAAAACUAUUGUAAAUCGCUAUCAACUGAUAAAGCAAGCAGAGAUUUUAGUCAAUUAGUAAAAGUUGUAAAUUUUUAAAGGUAAAAUUAUAUAAAAAAAAGUUACUUCAGUGUUAUCAUUAUGAGAAUGUGUUGUUAUACUAACAAAAAAAUAUAAUAAACAAUUGAA